AUGGCAACUGGAAUCGCUCAAAUCUUUAUUCACAAAUCAAUUCUUCUUCUUAUAAUCAUCCAAAGUGUUGCAUGUUUGAGCAUAGAAACAGACACCAUUUCAACCGGUGUAGUCAUCAAAGAUCCACAAACCAUCACAUCCCAAAAACAGAUAUUCAAACUAGGAUUCUUCACACCUCCAAACACCACCAACCGCUACUUAGGCAUCUUCUUCACCUUCUCCCAAGAAACAGUGAUUUGGGUCGCCAACAGAGACACACCCCUCACUGAUUCUUCGGGCUCCGUUACUCUCUCCCGAGACGGAAAUAUCGUCUUCUUGGACGGGACUACUAAUCAAACCGUCUGGUCCACCAACACCUCUCCCGUCAUAAAGUCAACCGCCCAACUCCUCGACACUGGCAAUCUCGUCUUGCGGGAAGAGGCCACGGGAGACGUAUUAUGGGAGUCGUUCUCAGAGCCUACGGAUGUGAUUGUGCCAGGCAUGACGCUGAGCCAGAACGUCAAGACAGGGAAGAUGGUGGCGCUGUCGGCAUGGAAGAACGCCUCUGAUCCCGAGCUAGGGAGCUUCACCGCCGGCCUUGAAGCACAGAGCAUCCCACAGCUUGCCACGUGGGAUGGGGGGAGGCUGCACUGGAGGAGCGGGCCGUGGAACGGCCUCAUCUUUCUCGGGAUAAAAGAGAUGUUCUACGCCUACUUGGACGGCUUCACUCAAGUGACUAACGACAGCGCGGGAAAUUUCUUCUACUCAAAGCCGCAGGAGAAUGUGUACAUAACGGCCAGCGUGAAUUCCACGGGACAUGUGCUUCGGAACGUGUGGAAUGGCGUGGCGAAGCGAUGGGAAGUGGGAUGGAGUGCUCCAGAAAAUGAAUGUGAUGUUUAUGGAAAGUGCGGGGAGUUUGGUAGCUGUAAUGUCAUGCAAUCUCCUAUCUGCACUUGUUUGAGAGGGUUUGAACCAGAAAAAGAGGAAGAAUGGGGGAGAGGGAAUUGGACUAAUGGUUGUAGGAGGAAGAAUCAGUUGCAAUGUGGAGGGGAUGGAUUUUUGAUGUUGCAGCAUAUGAAGGUUCCAGACUUUGCUCAACCCUUGCCUUCGAGGGAUCAAGACGAGUGUCGGACCAGAUGUAUGGGGAACUGCUCAUGCAUAGCUUAUGCUUAUGAUGGUAACAUUGGUUGUAUGUUUUGGAGUGAUACCUUGAUUGACACUCAGGACUUUGGUGAUGUUGGUGUUGAUCUCUACGUUCGUCUCUCUGCUUCUGAAUUCGGUAGCCACAAGGGAAGAAAGCUUUACAUCAUAAUUCCUGUAACUGUGAGUUUUGUUUGUAUAUCUGUCAUGAUCAUCAUUGUUUGGUGGCUGAUGGAGACAGAGUGA